AUGAACAUGGAACAGCGGCUCAUCGAUACCACCGCAGCCAUCCCUCUCCGCUCCAAACGAACAGAGCGACGCCAGAAGAAACACCAGCUGAAGACAUCCAAACUGGAUGCGCGUGCAACCAUAUGGGACAUGCCUCGCGAACUUCUCACGGAGCUGUUGUUACUGUUACGCCCGAGUGAUAUAUUUGCCCUAUCGCACGUCAAUAGAUCCUGGCAAAAGUUCGUCCUCGCUGAGGAGCUUACACUCUGUCGAAAGAUUAUAGCCCGGCGAUAUUCCGUCCUUUCAAAAUGCUUCCCUCUACCCGUCCUGCUUGAAAAUGUCGACCGCGACAUGCAUCCUGCUCUGCUCAGUGAAGAGCGACAAGCAGCAAUGAAUAUCCACAAAAGACCCUACCAACACAUCACGCCUCCAGAUCCGCACCUCAUCUGCACGUGUCUGACGUGUAUAUUGGCGUGGAACAAUCUCAACCUGGUUGUUGACUUCGCCCAUUGGCAGCCGAACCUUGACCAAGGAGAGCCGAUCACCAUGAUUGAGCGAGGGAAGCAUCCAAAGUGGAAUCACCGGCUGACGAGAGCGAACGCGAAAGUGGUGCAGAAGGCCUUGAAGAGUCCCUUGUGGUAUGUCAGGAUCCUGGAAGGCCAUCUCAAGUCUACCGUGGGUUCCAUCCAGCGACACGGGAACAACAAAGGGAACAGGCGUCGAAGGUUUCUCCUGUCGGUCGAGGAUGCCGAGUCUGAGACGGACUCUUUCCUCGAGCGCAGCGGGCCGCCGUCCAUGGACUUUCCGUUCCAUCGGGACAACUAUUACAUGCUGGAGGCUUACCUCCCAAAUCGGGGGUGGAAUUCGGAGGCCAGUGAGUGGCGGUAUUGGCCCGCAACUCAGCAUGAUCGAGAUAUUGAAUUCGUGAAGGCCUGGGCAGAGCGGAGGGAGGCUGCGGCCACGGCGGAAGACCAGAAGGCAGAGGGAAUGGGUGACGAGAAUCUAGAACAAGCAUCACAAUAA